CGGGCGAGGGAGCCAAGUCGCCUCCCUGCUCCGCGCCCCUCCUCCUCCUCCUCUAACCGUGGCGUGGGGGAGUUGGAGGAGGUCAGGACCGCGUCGUUCUUCCUGGCGAGGGAAGAAGGCGGCGAGUUUGACGCUCCGACGGCGGGGUUUCCUCCACGUUCCUUCCCCCUCCUAGCCCUCCUCUCUUUCCGAUGCCCGGGCGGCGAGCGCGCAGUUCUCGCCGCCUCCCUUGAGUCAGACCCGGGCGGCGCGUUUGGAGCUGUCCAGCGCCAGGCAGAAGAACAGGGGAGUUGGGGAGGGGGCGCGCUCCAGACGGCCGGUGAACUCCGUAUUCUCGUGGUCAGCCUGCCGCCCUGGAUCGACCGAAUGGCUUCCUUGUACCAGCGCUUCGGCGGGAAGAUCAACACCUCCCGCUCCUUCCCCGUCACGCCCGAAGCCAGCCAUCUCCUAGGCCCCCAGUGCUCCGAGGAAGACGGGGCCGCCGCCGCCGCUGCUGCUGCUGCUGCUGCUGCCGCCGCCGCCGCCUCGGCCCACGCGGCCGCUGGAGCAGCCAAGGCUUCGCGCCCGUCUCAGCCGCACAACCCCAGACCUCGCUUCCAGUACCAGGCGAGGAGGAGCGACGGCGAGGAGGAGGAUGAGCUGGUGGGAAGCAACCCUCCACAAAGGAACUGGAAAGGAAUUGCGAUUGCUCUACUUGUCAUUCUGGUUAUCUGCUCCUUGAUUGUCACUUCCGUUAUCUUGCUGACACCAGUUGAAGAUAAUAGCCAGUCUCAGAAGAAGAAAAUUACAGUGGAAGAUCUGUUCAGUGAAGAUUUCAAAAUUCAUGACCCAGAGGCUAAAUGGAUAAGUGAUGCAGAAUUCAUUUAUAGAGACCAGAAUGGCUCAGUGAUAGUACACAAUGUGGAAACAAACCAUUCAACAGUUUUAAUAGAAAACAAAAUCAUUGUGUCUAUAAAAGCUAUUAAAUAUGAAGUUUCACCAGACAGAGAAUAUGGACUUUUUGCCUAUGACAUUGUACCGAUGUACCGGUAUUCAUACACAGCUUUUUAUGUCCUCAGAAAGCUGCCUAACGGGGAGCCUCAAAAUCUCUACCCUCCCGAGGUUAGCAAUGCAAAGCUCCAAUAUGCGGGAUGGGGACCCAAAGGCCAGCAGCUGAUAUUUAUAUUUGAAAACAACAUCUACUAUUGUGCCCAUAUCGGGAAACAGGCGAUCCGUGUAGUCUCCACUGGAAAAGACAAAGUUAUUUUUAACGGACUCAGCGAUUGGCUGUACGAAGAAGAGAUCCUGAAAAGCCAGAUUGCUCACUGGUGGUCUCCUGAUGGCACAAGAUUAGCCUAUGCAACUAUUAAUGAUUCCCGGGUUCCAUUAAUGGAGAUACCCACAUUUACUGGAAGCCUUUACCCGAAAGCAGAAGCCUAUCACUACCCAAAGGUUGGGACAGAAAAUCCAAGCAUUUCCUUACAUGCAGUUGUGUUGAAUGGGCCUCCUCAUGUUCUAGAAAUGACUCCUCCAGAUGAUCCACGAAUGAGGGAUUAUUAUAUAACCAUGGUAAAGUGGGCAACCAGCACCAGGAUUGCAGUCAACUGGCUAAAUAGAGCACAGAACUUUUCCAUUCUGACUCUCUGUGAUGCAACCACAGGCGUCUGCACAAAGAAACAUGAGGAUGAAAGCACAGCCUGGCUGCAUCGGCAGAAUGAAGAGCCCAUCUUCUCUAAAGAUGGCAAGAAGUUCUUUUUUGUCCGAGCUAUUCCCCAAGGGGGACGAGGCGAGUUCUACCAUAUUGCCAUGUCAUCAUCUCAGCCCAAUAGCAGCAAUGAUAAUUUACAGUCUAUUACAUCGGGUGACUGGGAUGUGUCCAAAAUUUUGGGCUAUGAUGAGAAGCAGCAUAAAAUCUAUUUCCUCAGCACAGAAGAAUUGCCAAGGACUCGGCAUUUAUACAGUGCCAGCACCAAGGGGAACUUCAACCGGCAAUGUCUCUCUUGUGAUUUGAUUAACAACUGCACUUACUUCCGUGCAACGUUCAGCCACAACAUGGCCUAUUUCUUGCUGACCUGUGAAGGUCCACGAAUUCCAAUGGUAACUGUCCACAGAACAUCUGAUACAGAAAAACUUUUUGAUCUCGAAGUAAAUGCCAGAGUGCAGAAGACAGUCGCAGAACGACAGAUGCCCAAGCGGGAAUAUCUUGAUAUCAAGAUUCAGGAUUACAAAUUGCCACUGCAAAUUUUAAAGCCAGCCGUUUUCAUGGAAAAUACGCACUACCCUUUGCUCCUCAUUGUGGAUGGGACUCCUGGCACCCAGAGCGUAACAGAAAAGUUUGAAGUGAACUGGGAAAGUGUCAUGGUCAGCUCCCACGGUGCCAUCGUGAUGAAGUUUGAUGGGCGUGGAAGUGGAUUUCAAGGGACUAAACUCUUGCAUGACAUUAAAAGAAAACUGGGCACUGCUCAAGAAAAAGAUCAAACAGACGCUGUUCGGAUAAUGCUGGAAAAGGCAUUUAUCGAUAAGACUCGAGUUGCUGUGUUUGGGAAGGAUUAUGGCGGCUACUUGAGCUCCUACCUCCACUUUUCUGGAGAAGAAAAUAAAGAGCCAACCUUUUUGUGUGGCGCAGCUCUUUCCCCGUUGUCAGACUUCAGAUUGUAUGCUUCAGCUUUUUCAGAAAGAUACUUGGGAUUACAAGGGUUCGACAAUAAUAAGAUAUAUGAGAUUACUAAACUCUCUCAUCGAGUAACAUCCGUGAAAGACCAAAACUUUUUGAUCAUCCAUUCAACAGCUGAUGAGAAAAUUCACUUCCAGCACACUGCAGAGUUCAUUACUCAUCUAAUUAGGACAAAAGCUAAUUACAGUUUGCAGAUCUACCCCGACGAAGGUCACUACUUCAACAGCCCAACCCUGGAGCAGCACUUGUACAAGUCCAUUGUCAAUUUCUUUGUGGAAUGUUUCAAAAUUCCGGACAAAGCCCCAGUGGUUUCCACGAAAGAAGACGAGGAUGAAGAUUAACUUUCUGGGUUUGUGCUAAGAAGCACAAGGCGACUUCUCAAAAAAAAAAAAAAAGAUAUGCAACUAAAUCCUCCCGAUUUCCCUUCCCUGACGAAAGGAGUGUUAUGUGAGCAUGUAUUUAAAGAAAAGCGAAAACGGAAUAGCAGUCCUGGUGCUGGUAUCGGAGCUCCUGCCUUCUCACACAGAAAAAAAAAUAUUUAAGCAUGAGGAACUCAGCAGGCGCUGCUGUUGAGAACCGAUCCCUAUGAACAAAAUGGCCGCGGUGUGAUUUCUGGUUAAAGAGUCUCAACUGGGAAACUGAACUCGCAAGGCAAAUUCGCCCACAAAGCAACCCUUUGCAUUGCUCAAAUGCAAGUCCCAGAAAUAAGUAUAAAACCCACCUUCUGUCUGUGUUAGGGGUCCCUUAUUUAGCAUCUCAUUGUUUCCUAUAAAAUGAACCAUCAAUGGAAUAAAGAUUAUAGCACAAUUAUUUUUCGAGGGUACUGAAUUGUGUGUUGUUUACCUGUCGUCUUCUGCAUUUCCAAGAACUUAGGCAUUGCUGCAGAACUGCUCAGUUAUACAGGCGUUUUCUUUGUAUAAUGCACCGCUGUAGCUUGGCUAACCUCACACUGUACAGGCAUUUCUCUAUAUAUAUAGUUUUUAGCUGUCACCCCCUUUCACUUCAGCCUUGCUCUACUAAAACUUUGUUGCUGCAAUGUGCUCUGGCUUUAAGAAAACCUCUUUAAAGCUUAGAGAGCCACAGGCGUUCCAGCUAUCUAAAUAUCUAAAUAUAUUUUUUUUAGAUAUUGUGGAAUUCUUCCCGUUUGUUUCUUUAAUGCUCCCAACAGCAAUUUAGCUUUAUGGAUUUGAAUUGUCCAAUAUUAACCAAUAUUUUGUCUUAUGCUUUCUUUAAAAAGUCCUUUUUUUAGAGGGACAAGGUUAGCUGCAGGACUGGUUGUCAUCCUACAAUAUCCCCAAGUUGCUAGUCCCUAUUGCGGCAGAUUGGCAGGAAAUGUGAGAAGUUAGUCUCAAAAGAUCAUGUCUUAAUCGUGCUUGGAGUGUCUUGUAUCAGCAAGUGAUUCCAGCUUCCCUGGAAACGGGAAUUGCUUCUCUUGAAUUGCUUCUCUUGCUUUUAUCAAUAGCUACAGCUUUUGUCAUUUAUACUGUUACCUUCAAAAUAUUACACAGCUUUUAAUUAGUCCUAACACACUGCCUUAUCUGUACGUUGUGUUAAUGUAAUGAUAAAAAUCUGGGUUGGGGCAUUGCAGGUUUGCCUUCUUUUUUUUUUCCCCUUUGAUUUUUUUCCCCUGGAAUUUUUGAACACGGUCAUUUCUUUCUUAGAGUUCAGAGGAGACAAGAUUAAAACUGUUCAAAAACUACCCCAAUCCAUAUUUUUUAUUCCUUGAAUUCCUCUCUUCCUUCUUCUCCUUCUCUUUUCUUUUGCUUCGCUACUGUCCCUCCCUGUAAAUUAUUCUGACCCAAUGUACAACUAAUAUGAAUAUUGUAUACUUCAUUUUGUUGUGUAUAAAAAGGAAUGUAAAGUUGAAGAUUUGUCAAGUUCCCUUCUGCUCCGGCAUCUUGGAUUAUUAUUCUUACUCUUAACGUCUUGUGUUCUACGUGCAUGUGAGAAGCUUCGUUUCCUUACUAAGGCCCCUUAGAGGUGUUCAUUCAGACUAAAUUAACUCUGUGGCUCCUUUUUUUUUUUUUACUGUUUUUGACAGCUUGAAUGUCAGUGCAGGUUUCUGCAUCUUCUACAUGUAUUGUUGAGAGGACACACAUCCAAGACAGCAGGAGAAUUGGUGAUCUACUUCACCCAGAUAUUUUUUCUCUGUUUUUUUCUCUCUCUGCUUUAUUUUAGGUUGAGAUUGUUAGCUAUUGGUGGCAAUUAGAUCCUCGUGGGAGAUAUACCAGUAAACCAAACCCCAAGGCAAAGGGAGGGGGGGAAUCAGGAAUCUCUUUGAUUAUUCCCCCCCUCCCUUUCAUAGUCUACUCUGCAUCAAAAG